UUCAAUGUUCAUUAUUGUGUUUUCAAUUUGCAUUGCAGAAUCUUUCAAAGCGAGGUUAUGUUUACAAUUAAGAGAAAACUGAAAUAAUCUAAUAAAAUGGGUGAUAAUGUUGAAAAUAAAUCUAAGAGUAUGACCGAAGAAGAGAGGGUGGCUUUGUGUCAGAAAUUAGAUCGGGAGCUCGACGAUUUUAUUGAUGGUUUAGAAAAGAAAAGAUAUACGGAAGGAUGGCCUGAAGAUCGGUGGGAGGAAGAAAUGGACAAACAUCCAUUUUUUAUGAAAACUGUUCCAAAAGGUGAUGAAAUGUCUCCAUUAGCUGAAGGUUUAGCAAAGCUUAAAUAUGAUCCUGAAGAGAAUACACCAUUAGAACUUGCUACUAACUAUAAAGAAGAUGGCAACUUUAAUUUUAAGCAUAAGAAUUACCGACUUGCUAUAUUGGGAUACACUGAGGGCAUUAAAGUUAGAUCAGAUAAUGCAGAAAUAAAUGCAAGUCUUUAUAAUAAUAGGGCAGCGUCUCAUUGGCAUUUAAAAAAUUAUAGAUCAGCUUUAUUUGAUAGUGAGAGAGCACUAGCAUUUGAUCCCGAACAUAGUAAAGCCAGGCUUAGAGCUGCAAAAGCAGCUUUAGAAGUUGCAAUGUAUGACAAAUGUGUAGAGCAUUGUAGUAAACUACUUGAGAAAGAAGAAAAUAAAGAAAUCAUUGACCUUUUAAAUGCUGCUAAAAAGAAAAAACUACUAAAAGAAAGAGAUACAAGGAAAAAGGAGAGAAGAGAAAAGAAAAAGGAAGAAACUAAAAGUGUAAUAGUUAAAACAAUUAUUGAAAGGGGCAUUAAGAUUUCAAACUGUGAAGAUGAAGAUGACAUUGAUUUGUCAAAAUUAGAGCCAUGUUUACCAGGCGCACAGGACUCAAUAGUACAUUUGGAAAAGGGAGUGCUGAAGUGGCCGUUAUUGCUUUUGUACCCUGAAUAUCAGAUGACAGACUUCAUAAAGGCCUGUCCGGAAACUGUUUCUUUGAUAAACCAGUUAGAGCAAUUGUUCCCAGCCCCAUGGGACGAGGAAAAUAAAUAUAAUUCAGGAUCUAUCAAUGUUUAUUUUGAAGGUUGGGAUAAAAUGCCCCAUGUGGUUGAUCCAUCACGGAGUCUUGGCGAUUUACUUACAACAAAGUAUUUUGAAUUAAAAGCAGGGACACCUGCAUUCUUUGUUUUGCCACGAGGAAGCAAAGUUGAGAGACAAUUUUUGGAGACCUAUAUAUAAAUGUGCUAAGUGCUAUUAUAUAAAUGUUAUUCAUAUUUUUGAAAUAUAUACUAUUAUUUUAUUA